UUGUUUGUUCUCUCCCGAGGUGCUGCUGGAGUGUUGGUGGGACACCCAUUUGACACAGUGAAGGUCAGACUGCAGGUCCAGAAUGUUGAUAAGCCUCUGUAUCGUGGGACCAUUCACUGUUUCCAGUCCAUCAUCCGGCAGGAGUCGGUGUUUGGUUUAUAUAAAGGCAUCGGAUCCCCCAUGAUGGGCCUUACAUUCAUCAACGCCAUCGUGUUUGGCGUCCAGGGAAACGCCAUGCGGCUGCUGGGGCAUGACACCCCCACCAACCAGUUCCUUGCUGGUGCAGCAGCAGGAACCAUCCAGUGUGUGAUCUGCUGCCCCAUGGAGCUGGCUAAAACCCGCAUGCAGAUGCAGGGCACAGGUGAGAAGAAGUCUUCUAAGAAGAUGUACAAAAGCUCUCUGGACUGUUUGGUGCGCAUCUACAAGCGGGAGGGCCUGUGGGGGGUCAACAGAGGCAUGGUCACCACACUUAUCCGCGAGAUGCCCGGCUUUGGCGUCUAUUUCCUGGCCUACGACGUGCUGACGCGGAGCCUCGGCUGCGAGCCAGACAACCGCUACAUGAUUCCCAAACUGCUGUUUGCCGGGGGAAUGGCGGGAAUCGCCUCCUGGAUCUCCACCUACCCGGUGGACGUGAUCAAAUCCCGUCUCCAGGCAGAUGGGGUGGGCGGAGUCAACCGGUACAGCAGCAUUGCCGACUGCGUGCGGCAGAGCGUCAGGAGGGAGGGCUACAUGGUGUUCACGCGAGGCCUCACCUCCACCCUGCUCCGGGCCUUCCCUGUGAACGCAACCACCUUUGCCACCGUCACCUUGGUCCUCAUGUACGCGCGGGGGGUGGAGGAGGGGCCUAAAGACUGUGAGCCGGCCCCGACCAGCCACCACACUCCCAUUCAGCCGCAGGCGCAGCCCUCCAGCCUGUAG